GAGGACGAAGAGUCACCAUGGGGAGACUGAUCUUUUUACUUCACUUAUGUGCCUGGACUUUUGCUUUCGGAAAUAUGUGCAAUGAUUCUAACACAACCCCAAACUUUGGAGACCUCUACCAUGUCAAAGGAGUCAUCACUCUCCCUUAUGCUGAAAUCGAAGAGCCGUUUGAAGCCUGGUACAACCUGACUGGGAACAAGAGUCGCAUUGAAUAUUAUAAUGGCCAGGUGGUGACGCUGCAGCUUGGAUGUUUAGAGCCCUAUGGUGCUUUGUUCAAGAUUACACCAGCCACCACGGAAAAAGUGGUCAACAUUCAGAAGUGCUUCCUGUUAAAUGGCACCAAGGAAAGUCAAGUGAAGCCACAAGGGGUCUUUCCCGACAUGAAAGAUUUCAAGUUUGUAAGAGAAGAAUACUUCAAAGGCAUAUAUACCGCCGUAUGGCAGAGGAUAACCAACUCGGGCAAGAAGAAGAAUGUCUAUACGAUGUGGGUGACAAAUGCCAGCUGUGGAGUCACCCCGGUGCAUUACCAGAUGAAAGGUUACAACAACUUACUGGGAUCCCACUACGACAAGUAUGAAAUCAAUUACAGCGAUUUCUCCAACAGUUUCCCAGCUUCCAUCUUUGUCCUGAAAUCAAAUGAAACAAAACUGUGUGAUGAGCUGCCAGGAGAUUCCACAGAGCACCACAUCAUGGCCAACCCCAUGGCUGACUUCGUGGGUGGACAGGAGGAUCGUGCUCACAGUCUCUUCCACCAUUACAGAAAACGCUUUGGAAAGAGCUAUGACACUGAGCAGGAGAUGGAACAUCGGAAGCACACCUUCACCCACAACAUGAGGUUCGUCCAUUCCAAGAAUCGAGCCAACCUUCCCUUUAAGCUGGCCCUGAAUCACUUGGCUGACCUGACCCUGGAAGAGAUGGCUGUGAUGAGGGGGAAGCUCAAGAGCACAGCACCCAACAAGGGGCAGCCUUUCCCUGAGGAGAUUUACACAGGCCUCAUUUUGCCAGAAAGCUUGGACUGGAGGCUCUAUGGGGCAGUGACUCCUGUCAAAGAUCAGGCUGUGUGUGGUUCCUGCUGGAGUUUUUCUACUACAGGAUCCCUUGAAGGAGCUCUCUUCCUUAAGACAGGGAAUCUCAUCUCGCUGUCUCAACAAAUUCUCAUCGACUGCUCCUGGGGUUUUGGGAACUACGCCUGCGAUGGUGGUGAGGAGUGGCAGGCGUUUGAAUGGAUCCUGAAACAUGGCGGCAUCGCCACCACCGAGUCGUAUGGGCCCUACAAAGGACAAAAUGGCUACUGUCACAGCAACGAGACUCACCUCGUGAGCAAGCUCUCAAGCUACGUCAAUGUCACUUCUGGGAACACCACCGCUCUGAAGGCUGCCAUUUACAAGCACGGACCCGUCUCUGUCAGCAUCGAUGCCUCCCACAGGACGUUCUCUUUCUAUUCUAAUGGCGUUUACUACGAGCCCAAAUGCAAAAACAAGAGGGGUGAGCUAGAUCAUGCUGUCCUGGCUGUUGGUUAUGGUGUCCUUCAAGGGGAGCUUUACUGGCUCAUCAAGAACUCUUGGUCAACCUAUUGGGGCAACGAUGGUUACAUUCUCAUGUCCAUGAAAGACAACAACUGCGGUGUUACUACUGAUGCUGUUUUCCCAAUUGUUGCUUAAUGGGAGCACGGCUUGGCCAAUUCCUUCAGGCAAUUUCGAAGAAAAUGCAAAUCCAGUCCUUUCUUCCUUCUUUUGCUGAAGCAGGGCCACGCUUUUCUCAUCUCCUGGACUUCAUCUUAAAUCAUACAACUGGAAGAAACUCAAGAGAUCCAUGUCAAUGAAAAUUCUCAGUCACCCAGGUAGAGUUGUCUGGAAGUUGAGUCAUGUCAACUGGACCGAUUUUCCUUCCAGUUGUAAUGUUUCACUGCCUUAUCCAAGUAGCUUCUUCAGUCUGAGCAAGUUACUAAACAUCAAGUGAAGGGACAGGAUUGGGAUAUACUGAGGAGCAGCACAGUCUAUGUAGUAUGGUACAUGAGGUAGCUGCAAAGAUUUCAUCAAAAUGAUAGGUGUGUUGUGAUGCCACAGCAAGACUACAAGCUUGGCACCUUAUAUAUUUGUGAACAACCUAAUAAAUCAACUGUAAGAGGAAGGUUGUUCCAUCAACAGCAUCACAAUGCACAGUUUAUUUCCCCUCUUGCCUCCUCCAGACCAGGUAUGUGAUAGGGAAGCUUGUUGCAUUGUUUGACAUGUAGUUUGUAGCUUUAUUUUUCCAUCAGUGCCUCUAUGCUGUAGAGCAGGGGUGUCAAACUUGAUUGAGGGCCGCAUCAGGGUUGUGUUUGACCUUGGGGAUCAGGGAACUUGUGGAGAGCUGGGAAGUUGGCUAGGGACACUCUCUAAUGAACCAACUAACUAAACAUAUACGGGAUCCCCCUAACCAACUUGCUCUAACUGAAGAAGCUACUUGGAUAAGCAAUGAAACCUUUCAAACCAAACAGGAAAGAAGUCCAGUUGUCAUGCCUCAACUUCUAGUCAAGAGGUACAUAUUUGAUAAAACAACUUAGUUGCUAUUGUUGAUGAAUUUUUCAAGGACACAAGCCAUUGUGCAAAAGAUGUCUUGCCUUGAACAUCUGGGAAGGAGUGCCCCAAAUAAAUAAAAUGCCCACGUCCAUCCUCCUUGGUAGCACCCAAAUAAAAUGUAAGCAGGAUUUCAGCUCUUUUUCUCUCAAUAGUUUAGGUAUCUCCAAAUCUUCCUAGAACUUUUUCCCAAAAAUAUGGAGAAAGAAAAUUCAUUCUAUAUUUAUAGGCAUGAAUAUACAUUCCUCUGAUGAUUCCAGGUUAUUUCCUUAGCAGUGGUAUAGAUAAGGGGUUCCCAUUGACUUCUUCCAGUCUAGCCUACAUCCCUGGACAUCCUUGUGGUCUUCCAUUCAAGUAAAUCAGACCUACCUAUUAACUAACUAACUAACUAACUGGCUAACAGGUCUAUUGUGAAACCAAUUACAGACAGAGAAAUGCUGCCAUUUUUUUUAGCCCCGAAGUGCCUUUAUUCCUCCAAUCUUUAGCUAUGACCUGCAGAAUUCUCUAAAAAUUGCUGCUAAAUUGUGGUUUUUAAUAGGAGGGUGGGGAAGAAAUAAAAAUGCGGAAAUAAGAUGUUACUGUAAUUGAACUAAUUUAAUACAAUUUUCAUUAUGUGUUUAAAUAAAACCAAGUU